AUGCCGUUUAAGCUGAAGUUGAAGAAGACGCGGCAGUAUAAUGUGGCUUCGAAGAGUCUUUUUGUGAUAAGUGUCGAACUACUGGAUGGGGGUGUUGCAGAUUGUACUCUGUCAGUAGACAGCACAGGACAAGAAUGUUUGGACAACGUAUGCCAGAGACAGACACUCAAUCAACCAGAAUUUUUUGGACUGCGCUACUUAAAUCGAAGCCAGCAGCCACGAUGGGUUCAAUUGGACCGGCCGUUAAAACUCCAAUUGGACAAGUUCGCAUCUUCCCAUCAGCUAUACUUGCGUGUUAUGUACUAUGUGAUAUCUGGCACGAGUUUGAUCACAGAUGAAGUGACACGUUACCACUAUUUUCUACAACUGAAAAAUGAUUUGGUGGAAGGUCGUAUUAUUUGUGACUGUCAACAAGCAGUGGUACUUGCUUCAUAUAGUCGACAAGCUGAAUAUGGAAAUCAUGACAGGGAGCGCCAUACAGUUGAAUAUUUGAAGAAUCUACUGACUUUUCCUAAGCAAAUGCUAGAUGGUGGUCAAAUAAUUGAUAGUAGCACAUUAGCUGAAACAGGAAGACUGGAGUGGUUGACAGCAGCAGUAAUUCAGCAUCAUAUGUCCUUGCACAAUAUGUCUCAGGCACAAGCAGAAGAAGGCUUCAUCACAACAUGCCAGCAGUUAAGAGGAUACGGCCAAGAAAUGUUCACAGCGAGAGAUAAAAAGGAUCAGACCGAAGUCACCAUCGCCAUAUCGCUAACUGGUAUCAGAGUUUUGACUGACACUAGUGACACACCGCACUUUUAUAGGUGGAUGGAUAUCACAAACGUCAUAAAUCACAAACGCACAUUCAGCAUCGAAUGCCAGAAGCAAGGGGAGUCUGUCACGUUCACGCUGCCCAGCCCUGAGGAUGGGAAGUACGUGUGGAGGAUGUGCGUGCUCCAGCACACGUUCUAUAUGAAACACCAGGGGGCUCUGAGUGCGUCUGUUGACGAGCAUAGACCGAAGUUUCAAGAGCAUGGGCUCUCAGAGAGUCGCGAGGAGUUGGAUGUGCGGGAGAUAGGCAGCACUUCCCGUCUAGAACCAUUGACGGCUGCACAUAGAGCGCACUCUACGUCGUGCUUGGAACUAGCUGACCACAGACCACAACCGAAAAACAGAGCGCUUCUACCAUCUUAUCGACCUGCACCCGAUUACGAAACGGCAAUCCAACAGAAGUACCAACAACAGAGAGCGGAAGCACAACUGCGAUACCAAAACCACCACGCCCACUCCCAACUCAUCAACACAACCGCCCAACCUCUAGUCUAUGGCUCCCAUCCCGACAUACACAGAAUACACUAUCCCGAUGUUACCAGACAUACGGUCUCAGUCAACCAAGGGGUCACUACAACAGAUGAUUACACUUAUGGGCUAAAAUUCGUGGGUAAUUACCCAAUGGCAGUCAACCCCAACGUACAGACAGACCACGCGCUACAUUACGUGAACGUAUACAAACCCCCACCCCCCUAUCCUUCCAAUGGUCUAGCAUCGAAUUCGACCCCUGACUUAGCGGUUGCGAGCCAAGCUUUAAACUAUCACAGGGGCUAUAUAAACUCUCACGUAUCAGGAUCUAGUCCCGACUUAGUAUCUACUCGCACAGCCUUGAACAGACAGUACUUGGGUUACGUAAACCCGGCGCACAACGUAGUUAAUUACACUCGACCAAAUAUACUCCCAGCAACGCACGGAACCUACAAUAAUUUGACGUCGGUGCUAGAACCCAACCCCCACAUAAUCAUUGACCCCCACCACAUAUCUGACAAUAUACAAAAAGUAUACGACGAAAGAGGUAAUAUAAUGUACUCUAUGCCGAUGCGGCGCGUAUCCUACCAAAGACACCUAGUCCUCCCCCAAACCCACACAGAAACACAGGAACCUAUAUACGAGAACGUGCCAUUACCAUGGCAAAGCGACGGGAAAGUGAUACGUGAAAGAGCCCAAAGCUUAACCACGACAGACGAAAUAACACGACUCAAUGAGAAAAAUAGCAGUCAUCCGACAAUAAAUAAUUACGGACUACAAACGAACGCCAACCAUCCUUACACGAAAAUAGACAACGAUAGCCACUAUGUUAACGCCCAAAUAAUUAAAGGAGUUCGCGAGUCGAGUAUACCAAAAGAACUGACUAACUCAAACCGAUCACUCAACUCCGAAAACAUUGUCCAGAAUUUAGACAGAGUGAGUCUAAAAACCGACGAAAAGGACUACGACGAAACACCUUAUCAGAGUCUAUCGACUCAUAAGAAUAACAUAAGCAAAUCCAUUGAUAAUGUGACAUCGAUAAGCGUUAACGAUACAACAUCGAGUGUCACGGACAGUGCUUUAUCGAGUUCGAUUAUGAAUUCGACUUACAGCACUAGCAUAGAGUUGGAUAAGACGAAUGUGACGAAAGAGAAGAAGAGACGAAGAUGGGGGGUGUUUAUGGGGAGGAAUAAGAAUGUGGAAGUGAAGAGUGCCACUUUAGGGAGAGAUCGGGCGAAAGGCGGGCAGAAUGCAAACAAGCACCGAUGGUCCACAGGUCUGCCCAAAUUCCAACCGUUACCGCCAAGUAUUACCAAAGAAACUUUGUGCCAAUUACUAGAACGCAAAAUGUCCGACGACCAGUUGGCCUUCGCGUUCGAGCAGAUCCCUAAAUCCCGGGAAGGAGAUUCGGAGUACAAUACAGCCCUACUGCCUCAAUACGCCGCCCUCAACGGCUUCUCAGUCGACAACAUCCCCUACGAGGACAACAGGGUGCGCUUGCACCCCACCCCCACCAACCGACAUGGGUAUAUCAACGCGUCGCAUGUCACUAUGACCGUAGGCAACACACAACGCUUCUACGUGGUGGUGCCCGCCACGCCGGCGGGCGCUGCGGGCGCGGCGGGCGCGGGCGAGCAGGCCGCGCUGCUGUGGGAGUGCGUGCUGCAGGUGGGCGCGCCCGUGGUGGCGCUGGCCGACGCCGGCGCGCCCGCCUACCUGCCCGCCGGCGACCGCCCGGCUGAGUAUGGACAGUUCCAGGUGUCGCGCGGGCGCUACUCGCGCGCGGCGUGGGGCGCGUCCACGCUGGUGCGCGUGCGGCGCGGCGCGCGCUGCCGCGACGUGUGGCACGUGCACUACGUGUGGCACGCCGCGCCCGACGUCGCCGGCUUCCUUGACUUCAUAUCGGAAGUGAACGGGCUGCGCGCCGCGAGCGCGGGGGCGGGGGCGGGCGGGGACAGCGCGCCGCUCGUGGUGACGGGCGCGCGGGCCGGCGCCGCCCUCGCCGCGCACCUGCUGCUGCACGUGCUGGAUACCAACCAGGAAUUAGAUAUACCAAGAACGAUCGGUAUUUUACACCAGCAACGAGCAAAUCUUAUAGAGAACGUCCAGCAAUACAAGUUCCUCCACCAGGUCUUACUCCAAUAUUUGAAACAAUCGAGACUCAUA